CCUUUGCUCUUCGUUUGCUUUCUGUACCUUCAGAGCGAUUCGACCACUGACUCUACUACCACUUUUACUGUCUUUAACUCGGUUCUUUCCCUUACGCCUGGCUCCAAAGCACUCCACCUUCGAUUUGCAGAACUUUUGCUCGCGCAUCUCUUUUGUCGAUUUCCACCGGGAAUCAUUUGGCUCAUAUGAAGUCACUGUGAAUAAAGGAAUUCAGCCAAGAUGGAAUUGCGAAAGAGCUCCGGCAGUCCAAGCUCAUCGGGGGCUGGUGCAAUGGCUAACGGUACCUCGCCCCGGCCUCGUUUGUCCACACCUCCGAAGCCUCCCAAUGGGAUUGCCAGCGGCGGCGGUCUUGGCCGAACUGCUUCAAAGACCCAAAGGUCCAAUAGAGCCGAUCGUCAGAGAGCCAAGCCACUCGUCACUCGAAGUAUGGCAUUCCCUGAAGCUCUGCCAACACCACUGUUCAGCCAGGGGGAUGCGGAACUGGACCGCAGCAAGAGGAGGUCAAAGGUCGAAGCCAUCUCCAAGUUGGAUAAAGCUGGUACUCCUGUGUCGACCUCUGGUCCGGCAGGGACAUCCUUCAUACCCACCGCCACGACCAGUUCUGCUGGACAAUCUGGACCAUCUUCGUCUCGAAACCCAUUGCACCGACCUCCCGUUGUCAAUCCGCCAUUUGAUAUCAACAGUGUCAAGACGGAAGCUCCACGCCACCCUCCAUCUCGAUCUGGUUCAAGGCUGUUCGGCCUCGAAGAAUGUCCAGUCUUCUAUCCCACUGCCGAAGAGUUCUUAGAUCCGAUGCGAUACAUCGACUCGAUCGGUGAGGCUGCAAAACCCUACGGCAUAUGCAAAGUAAUCCCACCGGAAGGGUGGAGGAUGCCUUUUGCACUCGAGACCGACACCUUCCAGUUCCACACCCGUCUACAACGGCUCAAUUCGCUCGAAGCUGCAUCCAGAGCAAGGAUUAACUUCCUGGAUCAGCUCAGCAUGUUUCACUGGCAAAGGGAUGACAAGCCUAUCUCUGUUCCAACGAUCAAUCGUCGACCCGUCGAUCUUUGGAGUCUCCGAAAAGAGGUCAACAAGCUCGGUGGACAUCUCGAAAUCGACCGGACAAGAAGCUGGUCCGCCGUGGCCGAGCUUUUAGGUUAUGAUGCGUCUUAUGACACCGAGCUACGAGACGCCUACAUCACCAUUGUCCUACCAUUUGACAACUUCGCCGUCCGGGCAAGAUCGGUUUCCGCUUCCCCGGUGACUCCGCUUCAGAGUGCCGCGGGUCCCCGAGCGGUCCCGCCAGGAUUCAAGAAUGAAAGUCCAGCGUCUCCAAGCGCACCGAGAACCCGAAUGUCUGGCGCUCCACCAUCACGCAUGCGAGGCUUCCCAUCUGCAGUAUUCGCAUCGGAGCAUCCUUCAUCGUCAUUCACACCGCCCUCUGCUGAACACACGUGGGCCUCGGGACCAGCAGGAUUACCUUCAGUCCAGAUCAAUGUUCCUGGAUUCUCGAACCGUGAUGGCAGUGAAAGCGAACUGAGCGAGGAAGAGUCACCGAUCAAGCGGCGCGCAGAGGAAAAGCCAGAGUAUCAGAAGGGCGAGGUCUGUGAGGUGUGUCGACGCGGAGAUGGCGCAGACAAGAUCCUUCUUUGUGAUCAGUGCGAUAGAGGUUUCCACACAUACUGUUUGGACCCACCACUAUCACACGUUCCAUCCUGGGAAUGGUUCUGUACGCCCUGUGUCCUGAGUCAAGGCGAUGACUAUGGAUUUGGCGAGGGAGAAGAUCACUCGAUCCCAUCGUUCCAAGCUCGAGAUGCUGCAUUCGCCUAUGCAUGGUUCAACACCCGCUGGGAGGGAUGCUCGAGGCGGCGAGCCAGAUCGACUUCUGAUUCUACUAGCUCGAUUCCCGCAGCUCCGCCAACUGCACCGCAGAAUCGUCAUUUCGGUCGAGCCGUCGUUUCAGAGGACGAUGUGGAGAAAGAAUUCUGGCGCUUGACAGAGAGCGACAUUGACACGGUUGAGAUCGAGUACGGCGCGGAUAUCCAUUCAACCACUCAUGGCAGCGCCUCCCCAACAACCGAAACGCACCCGAUGGACAAGUAUGCUAGGGAUGGGUGGAACCUCAACAACAUGCCGAUCGUACCGGACUCAUUGCUGAGAUAUAUCAAAUCCGAUAUAUCUGGCAUGACAGUCCCUUGGAUCUAUAUCGGGAUGCUGUUUUCGACAUUUUGCUGGCAUAACGAGGAUCACUACACAUAUUCCAUCAAUUACAUGCAUUGGGGCGAGACAAAGACAUGGUACGGUAUACCGGGAUGCGAUGCCGACAAGUUUGAGGCAGCCAUCAAGUCUGAAGCUCCCGAAUUGUUCGAACAACAACCGACGCUCAUGUAUCAAUUGGUCACCAUGAUGAAUCCGGGCAAAGUACGAGAGGCCGGGGUCCGAGUGGUGGCCUGUGAUCAACGACCCAACGAGUUUGUGAUUACUUUCCCCAAAGCUUAUCACUGUGGCUUCAAUCACGGCAUCAAUGUGAACGAGGCGGUGAAUUUCGCGCUUCCUGACUGGCUGCCGGAUGGCAAGGAGUGCGUGACUCGAUACAAGGAACACAGCAAGCAGCCAGUUUUUUCGCACAAUGAGCUACUCAUCACCAUCACGUUGUUCUCAGAUACCAUCAAGACUGCUCUAUGGGUUCAAGAUAGUCUAGCCCAAAUGGUCACGGAGGAAACGGAUCGUCGGGAAAAAUUGCGCUCAGCUAUUCCUUUGCUCAAUGAAGUGCUGGUCGAGGAAGACACGCCAGAAUCUCAAUACCAAUGCUGCCAGUGCAAGGGCUUCUGCUAUUUGUCUCAGAUAACCUGCAAAUGUACAAAGCUGGUCACCUGUCUCGAUCACGCCGACCUGCUGUGCGGCUGUCCGCCGUCGAAACGCACCCUUCGACUUCGAUACUCCGAGGCUCAAUUAGAGGAGAUUCUCGCUGCUGUGCAGAUGAGGGCACAGCUGCCAGGAGCCUGGCGAUCGCGCUUCCAUGCCCUUCUCAACGAGUCUCCAAGACCUCCUUUGAAGACUAUGCGAGCUCUGCUGGCGGAUGGAGAGCGGAUAUCCUACCCUUUGCCCGAGUUGAGUCCCCUGAGGUCCUUGGUCGAUCGGGCGAAUUCAUGGGUGGAUCGUGCAACUGCACUGACGACUCGAAAGUCGACUGGCCGUCGCCGCAAAGGCCGUCAGGCGACAGAGGAGGAAGAAGAGAGUCGGACUCCGGAAGCCAUAACCCGCUUGCUUGACGAGGUCAAUUUGCUCGCUUUCGAUUCUCCAGAAAUACACCAACUCCGACAAAUCCAGAUGGCCAUCGAUGGCUUUCGAUCAGAGGCAGCCAUCAUUCUGUCAACACCUGAGAAUGAGCUGGAUCGCGAAAAGUGCAAGACCGCUUUGGUCCUCGGGGAAGGAAUUGGAAUCGACCUCGACGACGUGCAAAAAAUUCGCAUUCUGGUCAAUCGCCUCGACUGGAUCCGAAAAGUCGGCUGGGAAGUGGAUGAUCGUGAGAUUCAGUACCCGGAAGUGGUCGAGCUCUUGGAGGAAGCCAAAGCAUGCGAGAUUCCUCCGGAUAAUCAGUUCCUUGUGGAUCUGCAGAAGCUUGAGACGAAGGGCAGGGCAUGGAGAGAUUCUGCCGAUAAUUUGUUGUCAUCAACAAUCAUUGAGCUGGACGAGAUUACUUCUCUGGUGGAGGGUCAAGAAUACACGCCGACGAUAUUGGACACCAUGACUCUGUUGGAGACAAUUCGAAAGACGGCUCUCAAUUGGCAAGCCUCGGCGAGACAGCAGCUCGAAGGCCAAGGUUCAGCCACUUCAGCACAGAGAUUGUGCAAAGCUGUCAACGCCGCACAAGGUCCACAGGGCAGAAUACGCAUCCCAGAGAUUGCACGAAUCCAAGGCGAAUUGGAUGAUCAGACAAAUUGGCUCAAAAAGGUCGCCGAAGUCCUCAAGGUGCCUGCCAAGCAGGUCUCCAAUACCCUGGAAGACAUCCAUCUCUCUCUACAGCAACAGCUUCAGCCGGAAGACGAUCGACCCAACGAUCGGCACAGUUGUUUCUGCCGCACAGAGCCUUUGGACCCGAUGGUCAAGUGCGGGGUGUGCCGUGGUCUCUAUCACGCUAAAUGCGUCAGUGUGCCUCUGAAGAACAUCGGUCAGCCGUUCAAAUGUGCCAUGUGUGAGGGUCAGCCGUAUGACGAUCGACCUUCGUUGCACCAUCUUGCCGAGUUCGAGGACAAGCAUCACUUCAACUUUUUGUUCCCGACGCCAGAGAUAGAGACCAUUUCCAAAAUUGUCGACCUGGCUAUCCAAUUCGCACGGACCGUCCAGCCUUAUCUCGACCCGUUAGGGUUGGCUGUCGCUUGUCGAGAUACCGAGCUUCUGUCGCAUUUCGCGAGGAAGCUGUACAAUUUGCCUAUCUCUUUCGACACAUACAAUCCCGUCACGAAUCAGCGGAUUGUAUUUGAAGAUUGGCUCUACAAGCGAAUUCAUGAUGCCCGUAAUCCUGCAAAAGCACGGACUCGACCUAGGAAACCGAGGUUGAUCCUCAAGGAAGCGAACGAACGGCAGUUCUCGUGUAUCUGCACAGUUCCACCAGUGGAUGAACUGGUCCGAGUGACAUGUGGUAAAUGCGCUCAAGAGUACCAUGCUACAUGCGUGUAUGCUCCUGAGGAGUGUAUUGGGACUGAGGGCAAGAUGUGGAGAUGCCCUUGCUGUACGGUCAAAGAGGGCAAGCACUAUCACAAAGGGGCAGAAGUAAGGGUGCAAAUGACGGAUCGCCUGGGAACUGACCUGUAUGUUGACUACCGGACCACCAUCAACGCCUUUUCACUAGGUGUUCUCGAGUACAAACUUCCUCCGAAUCGGGAUCAGGUCAUCACUCUCGAGUGCACCAAGUUCGUGCCGCCAGUCAUCCCCGACGACUAUGAACCUCCUGUACUUCCACCAGAGGACGACGAUCUCGAGAACGGGGAUGGACCGCAGAAGAAAAAGCGAAGAACGAAGACUGCAGUGUCCAAACUCGUCGCGCCCCUCGCAAAUGGCCAUCUAGUCACCGCGUCGGAUGAGCAUUCCCUACCACCAAUGCCCGUCACUGCUACCAUGGACCAAGUCAUUCACCGUCACCACGGUCCAAUCCUCACUACGCAAACCGUCACACCAGUGACUCCACCUCAAUCGCACCGUCUUCCACUUCCUGUUCCAUCUUCGGGCUCGCCUCGAAGGCCUGAAUCAUCCAAAGCUCCUCAUCCGUCGACACCACGGAGCAUUCUAGAUACUCAACCCAUUCACCGCGCGCAAAACCAUCCGUUCGGUUCACCCACCAUGCAUUCGCUGUCUCCCAACCGGCCCAGCUUUGCAUAUGGAUCUCAAUCGACAAUUCCCGCCUACUCGAACGGCGAUCCAUCGUCUCAUGCGUCGAGUCUGCCCAUUUCAUCAGGGACUGGCUUGAUGGAUCGCCAAUUGCCCUUGAUGGACUCCAAGGGACACCAUAGACCGCUCUCGACAGAUCGAGAUAGGGUGUCUCAGCCAAGAUCCUACGACACGCUUCAAGAUGCCUUCUCAGCGGAUUCGACCGCGAGACCAAACGCAAUGGCGACGGGGGCCACAUCGCAAGUCAAUGGGUCUCAUUAGUCUGCCGAUGUAGGCUUUGGGCCAGUUGUUUCGUGUAGGCCCUGUGGCUCACAGUUUUCAGAACGUGUAUGACUUGUUGUAAGAUAUAGUCUCAGCAGUGUACAUCUAUGUACAGACUGAUGCAAUCUAGUUCUUUGCAGUUU